AGGAGGAAGGCGCUGGCGGGCAGUGAUGGCGGCGGGUGAUGGGGACGUAAAGCUAGGCACCCUGGGGAGGGGCGACGAGCGCGGCGGCGGCGGCGACGAGAGCCGGGGCGGCGCGGGAGCGGUGGCAGCCGGGGGCGGCUGGGCGGCGGCGCUGCUGGCGGCGGGCGGGGAGAUGCUGCUGAACGUGGCGCUCGUGGCGCUCGUGUUGCUGGGGGCCUACCGGCUGUGGGUGCGCUGGGGGCGGCGGGGUCUGGGCGCGGGGCCCGGGGCGGGCGAGGAGAGCCCUGCCGCCUCGCUGCCCCGCAUGAAGAAGCGGGACUUCAGCCUGGAGCAGCUGCGCCAGUACGACGGGGCGCGCCAGCCGCGCAUCCUCCUCGCGGUCAAUGGGAAAGUCUUCGACGUGACCAAAGGCAGCAAGUUCUACGGCCCGGCGGGUCCAUAUGGAAUAUUUGCUGGCAGGGAUGCCUCCAGGGGACUGGCGACAUUUUGCCUAGAUAAAGAUGCACUUAGAGAUGAAUAUGAUGAUCUCUCAGAUCUGAAUGCAGUACAGAUGGAAAGUGUUCGAGAAUGGGAAAUGCAGUUCAAAGAAAAAUAUGAUUAUGUAGGCAGACUCCUAAAACCAGGGGAAGAGCCAUCAGAAUACACAGAUGAAGAAGACACCAAGGAUCACAACAAACAGGAUUGAUCUUUGUAAACAACCAAAGUCAGGGGCCUUCAGAACUGCAACUCUUACUCUCUUCAGAGAAUGUCCAGUGUCUUUGGGUCUGAUUCACCUGUUGCAAGAAACAUUCACCAGAGUAUACAAGAUCAAUGAGUCUCACUAUGAAGAUCUGAAUAUGAGGCAUUAUUUGUGCCACCAGAUGAAUUUGUUGCAGUUGUUUGUAAUGUCUGGUGGAUUUCA